CCAACCGGCAUGCGCAAGGCAGACCGGGCUGCCUCCGCACCGAGAACGCAUUUUUUGCGACCGUGCGUGGUGCCGCGGGCCGCAUGCUGAGUAAGUGAGCAUGCAUGCGACUGUCUGAGCAAAAUUAAAGCAGCCCCCACCAUGAAAACACGCACCGCCCUCGUCGUCGUCGCGGCGACGACGAGCGCCCUCGACAACUGGAUGACUUUGAGGACGACGGACGACGACGACACGAAGCGCCCGAAGGAGUUGGAAGCGUGGUGCAGCGCCCUGAAGCGCCACCCUCCUUUGGCGAGGCAGCCGUGCUGGGGCGCGCCUGAAUUGAAAAGAAGGUCGGGUACGCACCGGGCCUACACCCUGGCCGAGAAGCUGCGACGAGGGGCGACCUCGAGUGACGGCGCGGCCAUCUUCCCGUCCGAGGCGGGCCAGGACGCGUGGCUCUGGAGAAGGCACCUCCGUCAUUUGAAAAGAGAGAUUGUUUAUGUGGACAUCGGGUCGAACGAUUUUUUGCAUACGUCGGAGUCGUAUUUCUUGGAUGCCUGUGCCCAAGCCAGAGGUGUCUGCGUCGAGGCGUCACAGGCGUACAUCAAGGAUUAUGAGGACUACGGGAGGACCUGCAAAGUCUACAACGACUGUUUGGGUGCUACGCCGCAGACGAUAGAAUGGGUCGAGUACGGCAAGGGCUCCGGCUCCACGAGGUCUGGUGUGUUGACGACCAACAAAAGCUGGAAAGCACGCAUUCGAAGGGACCACGCGACGGUAACGAAUCGGACGUGCACUACCGGUCGUCAUAUCUUACAGAAGGAACAAAUAAAGCACGUGGACUGGCUCCAGGUCGACGUCGAGGGCCACGAGCUCGAGGUGCUUAAAGGUAUUGACUUCGAGACUACAACUAUCGACGUCGUCUCGAUCGAGUCGAAUUUGCAUUCCGGCGCGCCGUACUAUCUGGAGAAGCUCGGUUAUACGCUGGCGCAUCGCAUCCGGGUCACGCGGGGCCACGUCGACGAGUUCUGGAUCCGGAAGGGCUUUUCGUUACUAGGGCAGGAGGAGAAAAAAGUACCAUGCGCGCGGCCGGGCGAGGCGGCCUUUCUCGUGGACCCCCACACGCUCAUGAGGGGCAAGUGGGGGAAGCACGGUUUUUUGACCGAAAGCGAGGCCGCCGCCGUCGCCAUGAAGACGCAUAGAAGGCUCGCGGCCUGCUCGCAAAGGCUCCUGGCGUGCUCGCUGCGAAUCUACGCGGGCUUCGGCUUUCGGUUGGGUGUCUUGAAUGGCUGCCUACGGGCCGCUGCUGCGUUGAAUGCGACGCUCCUCUACACGCCCGACCUCUAUCGGCGGGGCCAGGGCUACGGCAUCUCGGAAAAGUCCGAUAAACUUUUGAGACUUGCCGACGCGCUGCCGCGGGACGAGUGUGGCGAGCGGAUUGCGGUGGAGGGGCCUCAACAAGCCCGCGCGGACUUCGACGCGUGGUCGGCGCCGUCGUCGUUGCCCGGAACGGGCGUCCUCGAGCUCAAGGCGCGAUCGUCGGAGCGGCGCCACGGCGACGCGCCCUUCCUGUCGCACGACUACCGCGAGACGGCGGCGUGGCUUCGACAGCGUUUCUUAGCAUCAAAGGCGUACCUGCCUUUGCAACAUUUCUCCGGAGGUAUUAAUGUCGCUUUGCACGUGCGCAACGGCGACCGCCUGCCCGGAAAACGGUACGCGAAGCACGCCCGUCUGAAUUUGGGGGACGACUACUACCUCGGGGUCGUGAAGGCGCUUCAAAGUAUAUCCUCGGUGGACGUCGUGGCCUUCGGCGCCAGCGUCGCGGCGAAGAAGUCUUCCCAGUUAUUAGACGCUCACGGGAACGUGUCGCGCAUCCCCGUGGAGGUGCCCGACGCGAAGGUCGUGUUGGACGGCGACCCUUUGGAAGCUCUAGCGCACCUCGCGCGCGCCGACGUGCUCGUCGCGGCGCGGUCCCAGUUCUCCUACGCGGCCAUCGCGCUGUCGCAAGGGGUCGUCGUAUACCCGUCAAAAUGGCACGCGCACCGCCAGAGCGUGCCGCGCUUCGCGGCGGAGCGCGUCUCGAAGUGCCACGUGCCGGCGUCGGAUUCCGGAAAUAUCGACCGGGACCGCCUCGCGGCGGCGUUGCGGGCGUGCCGCGUCGUAGGGUCAUAGUGUUACACAAGGGUUCUGU